UGGAGUGGGGAAAAUAUUGCACACAGAUAGCAACCAAUGGUGAAUAAUGAAUAACGUUCAAAACCUAGGGUCUUACCCUCCCAGAUGCUAAAUACCAAUUCUUAUCCCUCACUUAAAAAACAAAAAACAAAAACAAACAAAAACAAACACUCAACGGCAACCCAAAACUCAUUUCUGUGAGCUGCCACCCUGUUUCUUAGUUUCUCAGGGUUGCCCCUUCAGUGACCCUUCCUCCCUCUUCUAGAUCGUGAGCUGCUCUCCACCCCCACAGUCCACCUCCGCGUUCCACGACUCCCUCCUUCUCUCUCGUAUUCGUUCUUCAUGCUUCCCCAGCACUGCAGUAGAGGGAGGAGGAGGAGGAGGAGGAGGAGGACUGCAUAGUGAAAGCCCACAGCCACUUUCCCGCCCCUCCUCUCUCCUCUGACACUCUCACGGGCUCCUCAGGGAGGAUUCACCACUGCACAAGCUGAGAGCGCGAGCAGCCGCAGGAGAGGCAAAGGGAAAGAGAAAGAAAAAGAGAAAGAGGGAGCCCUGGGGAGGGAACGGGACAAGAGGACUAGAACAGCAGCAACAACAACAGCUGCGGCACCUCCAUCACAGGGUGGGAGUUCCCUCAGCUUCGGAGUGGUUUUGUUUUUGAACCUGAAGUGGACCAUGCUUUCGGCACAUCCCAACUGACAUCAGGCCUGGGCCAGAUUGUGUUCCACAAUCAGUCUACAUCUUCUCACCUGCCACAGGUCAAUAGAAGAUGGAAGACUCCAACAGGGAUAGGACAUCCUUAGUGAAAGGUGCUAAGGACAUUGCCAAGGAGGUGAAGAAACAAACCGUGAAAAAAGUGAAUCAAGCAGUGGACCGGGCCCAGGAUGGCUACACACAGAGAUCCUACAGUCGAUUCCAAGAUGAAGAAGAUGAUGAUGAUUAUUAUCCAGCAGGAGAAACCUAUGGUGGGGAAGCCAAUGAUGAUGAAGGGUCAAGUGAAGCGACAGAAGGCCAUGAUGAAGAUGAUGAAAUUUAUGAAGGCGAAUAUCAGGGCAUUCCCAACCUUAACCAAGGGAAAGACAGCAUCGUGUCCAUAGGGCAGCCCAAAGGGGAGGAGUAUAAGGAUCGCAGUGAAUUGGAAUCUGAAAGGAAAGCUGAUGAGGAAGAAUUAGCCCAGCAGUACGAGCUGAUUAUUCAAGAAUGUGGCCAUGGACGGUUUCAGUGGGCCCUUUUCUUUGUCUUGGGGAUGGCACUCAUGGCAGAUGGAGUGGAAGUAUUUGUGGUGGGCUUCGUAUUGCCAAGUGCUGAGACGGACAUGUGCAUACCAAAUUCUGGAUCUGGAUGGCUAGGUAGCAUAGUGUACCUCGGGAUGAUGGUGGGGUCGUUCUUCUGGGGCGGAUUGGCAGACAAAGUGGGAAGGAGACAAUCUCUUCUGAUUUGCAUGUCUGUCAAUGGAUUCUUUGCCUUCCUUUCAUCGUUUGUCCAGGGCUAUGGCUUCUUUCUCUUCUGUCGCUUACUUUCUGGAUUUGGGAUUGGAGGAGCUGUGCCAACUGUCUUUUCCUAUUUUGCUGAAGUACUUGCCCGAGAGAAACGAGGGGAACACCUGAGCUGGCUCUGCAUGUUCUGGAUGAUUGGAGGCAUUUAUGCCUCAGCUAUGGCUUGGGCCAUUAUCCCCCACUACGGAUGGAGCUUUAGCAUGGGUUCUGCCUAUCAGUUUCACAGCUGGCGGGUCUUCGUGAUUGUCUGUGCUCUCCCUUGUGUCUCCUCUGUGGUGGCCCUCACUUUCAUGCCGGAAAGCCCGAGGUUCUUGUUGGAGGUUGGGAAACAUGAUGAAGCCUGGAUGAUUUUGAAGCAAAUCCACGAUACUAAUAUGAGAGCACGUGGCCAGCCUGAGAAAGUCUUCACUGUGAACAGAAUCAAAACUCCAAAGCAGAUCGAUGAAUUGAUUGAAAUUGAGAGUGACACAGGGACCUGGUACAAGAGAUGUUUUGUUCGAAUCCGCACAGAAUUGUACGGAAUCUGGUUAACUUUUAUGAGAUGUUUUAACUAUCCGGUUAAAGAGAAUACACUGAAACUGACAGCAGUUUGGUUCACCUUGUCUUUUGGGUACUAUGGAUUGUCUGUCUGGUUCCCUGAUGUCAUUAAGCAUCUGCAGUCUGAUGAAUAUGCUGCCCAAGUGAAAAACAUUGGCAGAGAAAAAGUGGCCAAUUUUACUCUCAACUUCACCUUGGAAAAUCAGAUCCACACCAGUAUAGAAUACGAGAAUGGCAGGUUCAUAGGGAUGAAGUUCAAAUCUGUAACUUUUAAAGACUCCAUUUUUAAGAACUGUCACUUUGAAGAUGUGACCUCCCUGAACACCUACUUCAGGAACUGUACAUUUAUUGACACAAAAUUUGAAAACACAGAUUUUGAGCCAUAUAAAUUCAUUGACAGCGAAUUUAAAAACUGCUCAUUUUCAAACACUAAGACUGGAUGUCAGAUUAGCUUUGAUGAUGACUACAGCGCCUACUGGAUUUACUUUGUUAAUUUUCUGGGUACACUGGCAGUAUUGCCAGGAAACAUUGUAUCUGCGUUGUUGAUGGACAGGAUCGGACGCUUAACCAUGCUAGGUGGCUCCAUGGUGCUUUCUGGGAUUAGCUGCUUUUUCCUGUGGUUUGGUACCAGUGAAUCCAUGAUGAUAGGCAUGCUGUGUCUCUAUAAUGGCUUGACUAUUUCUGCUUGGAACUCCUUAGAUGUGGUCACCGUAGAACUCUACCCAACAGACAGAAGGUCAACAGGUUUUGGCUUCUUGAAUGCUCUAUGCAAAGCAGCAGCUGUGCUUGGAAACUUAAUAUUUGGCUCCCUUGUUGGUAUCACCAAAGCCAUCCCUAUUCUACUAGCUUCUACUGUGCUUGUAUGUGGAGGAUUGGUGGGACUCCGUCUGCCUGACACAAGAACCCAGGUUUUGAUGUAACUGAUGGGGAAGAAAAAGCCAUUUGUCAUUUUGUUUUUCUCUCUUUUCCAAGUGUCAAUUUUCUUGAUUGGUGCAAAGGCUUUAGAGAUUUCAUGCCAAGAAAGAUGGGUCAGAUAUUAUCAUAACUCGACCUCUUGUGGUGACUAAUGCUUAGCUGUGUGAGUCCUUUCCCCCAAACACAAUAUUUGCACACAUUGCUUUGCCAUGCAUCAUUUCUUUCCAAACUGUAAAGAAAGCUACCUCCUCCCAAAGUAGGCAAGAGAAAGACAGCACAUGCUGAAAAGCCCUCUCUUUUCAUCAGUGGAGGCCUUUCUAAAAAUGGCACUAAGAUAGCCAGAAUGGCUUCGGAUUUUGCUGAAUCAGAUCAAGAAAGCUGAAAGAGGAGUAGUGAUGGUGUAAAUAAGUGCUGAUGUCAAUGCAAUAAUACACAGGAAAUAUAAGUUGGCUUAUUACUACAUUCAUGUUGAAAAAAGAGAUUCUAUUUUUUUCCCCAACAGUCUGAUAUUUCCUGUUUACAUAGAAAAGAGCGAUGUAUAAUUUGGGCUAUCCGAACCAUGUGGUGGUAUAAAGCAGGUAGGGUGGGGCACUUUCAGUUAUGAAGGUGAAGGAGAAAAACCAUGACAGGACAGCUGACAGCAAAAAGUGUGGUAAACAGUCUGUGCAAGAAAAGUCCAUGCAGGGACUCGUUUUCUGAUUUCUGAUGUGAUGUGCAAAAAUAUUGGUGAGACAGUGUACGUGAAUAUGGUUUUCUGAAUAUUUGAAAAUUAAAGAGAAACCCUCUGAUCAUAAUAGGCAGUUGUUAAGUAGGUUAAGAAAGGAAACCUUCUAAAAGGUUUCUGUUCUUUCUUCUGUCCUAUAUUGUUCUACUACUCUAUCCUUCUCAGUAGAACAGAAAUGUCUGGUGCAGUCAAAUGACUUUAACAAAUUAGUUUUGAUUUAACAAAGUGAAAUUUGGUAAAAAAAAAAAAAAAAAAAUAGUCCCUCCAUCUCAUCAAUUCUGAUCUCAAAUAACAGAUGCAAUGGCUGUUGAUUAAGUGCUCACACGUGACUACUCCUGCUGCUUCCCUGCAACAGAUCAUCCAGUUUGAAAAUAUUGUUUUAAAAUUUGUCCCCAAACAAUUUUAAAAUGCUUCCCUGAGGCAUUAUAGGGACAGAGUGUUUUGGGGGUUACAGUGUUUGCCUUCAGCUUGUGUUGAUCAAAUCCAUACAUAUCUCUACUGAAGGUAGCCAUGGAGUUGUAACACAGCAUCACAAUCACAGUUGGCUGCUUGGUUGUAAUUUUUCACUGGGAAUUUGCUAGAGAAUGGCAAAGGGAGGGACAGCAAAGAAUUCCCAUGGACCAGCUGUCAUCCAGAUGACCCCUUCACCUCUCCCACAUGCCUCAGCCUUAGACUUUUGCUACGUGUAAAGACACAUCUUUCUUUGAAAUCUGAAGCUUCUGUACAUACUUGGAAUAAUAGCUCACAAUCCACAGUAAAUCAUCUUUUGUGCCAUACAUACUGUCACUUGAAAUGAUACAUGUUUUUGAGCUUGGUACACUUCCUUAGAAGACUGUCAACAUUAGCUAUUCUGUGGGGCAACAUGACCAAAAGAGCUAGGUUUCAGGAGCCACACAAAAGUGAAGACUAGCCAAUGAAAGCUCCAGUUUGGGACCUUCAUUUCUAAUCAUCAAUGAAUUAUAGGUUUGUCUCUGUAGGGCAACUCUACCUCUCCCUGUCCCAUGAUCACUGUGAUCUGAACUGUGAUCUCAGUUCACACUGUGCAUGAAAGCUUUUUUUCCAUAAGAAGAAACUGUUCAGGGCUAGGCUCAUCAAGAAAACUAUACCAAGAGAGGGAAAAGGAUGGAGAAAAGCAGGAAGACUAUAGAAAUCAAGGAAACAGGAAAAAGGAGCCCAAAACUGGAAAACUAACAAAAAUAAACAAGAGAUUGGCUGUCAUUAAGGGGCAAAGACAUUGAUUGGCUGUACUAAAAAUCUUAGACUUAUGUUCCUUUGAAAUUUACUCAGUCUCUUCCUCCUCCUUCCCCUUUACUUUCUUUCCUUUUCUCUUUAAAAGAAAUAUUCUCAAAGUCUUUUAGAUUGAUGAGAAAAUUGAUGAGUAAACAGCAAAAGUCAGCAUCUACCAUGUUCCAGGCACUAUGCUAAGCACUAGGGAUAGAAAGAUAGAAAGAAAUACAAAAAAUUGUCCUUGUUCUCAAGGUGCUCCCAAGAGUAGUAUUUCUAAAUCCUAUGUAGUCUGAAUCUCGAAAUUCUCCUUACUAAUUAUAUGGGGAAAAAAGCAUGUGUUGCUACACAGCAAGAUCAUCACCUUUUGCACAUCCUAGAUACCUCAGAUAGUCUGGGGAAAUUUAUGUACUUCAACUCAGAAUAAUGCUUUUGAAUGUGUACAAUCAAAUGCAUAGGGCUUUUAAAAAGUUUUAUUGAAUAAUUAUUAAAAGUAAUUAUAAAAACAACAAGUUUCUCAGACCCCAGGUUAAGAAGUCCUUAUCUAGAUUCAAAAAACAUAAUGGUUCUUAUAGCCUUUCUGGGUUCUCCAGUCCUGUUACAUGAUUCUUAUUUAUCUUGUUUCAGUCAGUACAUAUGCUGCUUCUACAGAGAAGGUACAUGAUUGAACUAUAUUUCAGUGUAAGUUGAGUCAGCAAAGGUGUAAUGAAAAGUUAAAAGCAGAACUCCACUUCUCUGAAGCCAUCUCUUUCUUCUGCCAAUAAGCAGGGUUCUAGGAAAUUCUACCUCCAGAGAUCCACAAAGGACCUUUCUCAUCCCUUGGUCCAAAACCCAAGCUAUUGGUCUUUUCCAAGUGGGAACGUUUUGCAUGCCCCCAUUUAUAAACAAGUAAUUUUUUUUUGCCAAUUUCUACUAUCUCACCUAAGUUCCUCACAUUUGCUUUCCUCUUCCAGAGAUUCUCCCUAAAACAGAUCAGGUUGUUUCCAAAGUAUGUUGCAAAGCCUGUCUAGCAUGUCUGGGGUUUGACAUUUAGCUGCAGAUUAAGAUAUAAUGAGGAGAUAAGUAUGCUUAUGAAUCUAUCCAGUUAUUGGGUCACUCACUGAUACAUAAAAGUCUGGGUGACAUAUGUUUUCAUUCAGGACAAAGAAGAAAAUGAGAAGGAACUCAGAUAUGAAAGCCCAGAAGAAAAACAGGCACAUUUAAUUCCUAAAUUUCCUAUUCUUUUGGUACAUAUGCCAAUGCUUCUGAACCUUCCCCAGAAUCCAACCAGAAUUCUUCAUGUCUCCUUGGGGAGAACAGAAUACCUUCCCCAUAUACAAGUUCAAUAUUCCAAGCUGUGCUUCUCAUUAUUAUGUUUCAGUGACCAGAUUCACAUUUAGCAUCACUGUUUUAUAUGCCAAGCACAGUAGGCAGGAGGGAGCUCAUUUAUCCUAUUGUCCCAAGAGCCAUCACAGACUACUCCAUGGAGGGAAUCCUCUACCUAUCAAAAUUCAGCUGAAUUCAGGAAAAACUCCUUCAAUUCUGCAUUAAUCAAGAGAUUGCAUUCUGGAGUAUUACCUACUGAUAAUACUUCUACAAACAUUUGAUACACUCAAUUUAUAACUGGAAACAUUAGGGAAUAGAAUAGAAUGGAUAGAAAUUAGGCAAUCAAUUGGGACACAACUGUGAGUAGUGUCAGAGGACAGAGUUCCAAUUUUUCACCCUGACAGCCUCUUUAAAAAUCGAAAAUUCAAUCCUUCAAAGUUGGGAACCCAUCUUUCCAGAUUGAUAUAUUUGUCAAAUUCACUAGUUUUUAAAAAUGUACAAUGGUCAUAUCUAUUGGCUCUCUUGCACAUAUGUUUGGCUCAUAUACUCUUGAAAAAGCUCUUGAAUAGGUCUUUGCUGCCAGGAACACAAGGUUCUGGUGGAUUCUCUCUUAGUUGAAAGUUACACUAUCACAAACAUACCACAUAAAAUGACAGUUCUGGUUCUUAUCAAAAAGAAUUUUGCUCUCCAUUCAUGGAAAGGAUAAAAGGGGGAAUAAGGAGCAGGGAGGGUGAUGGAGGGUCAGAAAUACUAGUGCAAAAAAUAUUGUGGUGAAGAAAUAAAGAGUAUAAGGAAAGGACUUUUUUGAACCACAGGAUUCAAUUAGGUAGUAUGCCAAGGGAAUGCCAUCUGCUCCUUUCUGCUAACCAAAAUAGAAUUGGAUAUCUGCUAACCAAAAUAGAAUUGGGCAGUUUCAACAUUUAUUCUUUUCAAUGACAAAAAGGACUUUAUUAUUUCUUUCUUCAAUAAAAACACUUUUCCUGUUCAUGUAGUAAAUUUCAGGUCAAAAAUGUUUGAGUUUGACACUUAGCACCAUAGAAAGAGAAUCAGCUAGCCCUUAAAAGCCAGUUUGGCUCUAGGUCUAAAUUUCCUUUUUAUUUUUUAUUUUUUGAAAUCUCUGUUCUACACCAAUUUCAUCCCAGUAGCUGGGGGUGGGGAGGUGGGAGGAAGGAAACACCAGUCAUGUUGCGAUAACAGAAGGAAAUGUUACCAAUCUGCAUCUUAAGAAUUCUGAAAUUAAACCUAAACUCACACAGUUUUUCCUUUUUUCAGGCAAUGUAUGUUUUUUGUCAUAUUUACCAUGUUAUUCAACAAGUUAAAUCUAUAUAGUAUGGGAACAAAAAUGUCAGUGUCUCCUGUGUGCUUUAUCUGUCCACUUAACUAUUUCCUUGGAUGUGUUUACAGUUGCUUUUGUACUAUUCUUGUCACUGUCUUGACACAUGGUUUAUGUCUGUUCUCCUCAAUAAUCUUUGCCCAACCUCAAGAAAUAACCAUUGCCAGAGUUUCCUGCAACUGACAGUUGAUGUGAACAGGAUCUCAUUCAUUUAUUAGUGACUUAUUUUUUUUUCAAGAGUCCAGUCUACAAAAUGGCAGCCCACAUUGGGAACAAACGGGGCAGUAGGGGAAUUAGAUGGCUAGAGAGAUUCUCUAUUGCUAGGGACAUUUACUGUACUUUUCUCCUGUGAUAAAUGAUUCAUUUUUUCUAUCACCUUUAAAGAAAAGGACACAGAGUUAGUUGUGUCUAUCAUUGAAAGGCAAAGAGCAGAACAUCACACCACAAAAGCAAUGAUUUUUUACAGGGAGGGAGAGAGGAAUUUGAAAUUAAAACCAUUACCCAAGCCUGGCUAGCAAGGCAAAAAAGCUGGCCCCAAUGCAUGUCCAAUAAGUAGAGCUACCUAUUCACAAAGUAGCAUUGUCACACUAGGCAUCCUUUUAGAAGCUAUUUAGCCAGCACUUGAGGUGGGGUGGGAAGGAGAAAUAGAUAAAUCUGACGUUCUUUUAAACAUUAUUAUUUUGGAAAAAAUAUCACCCAGAAAUAUUGUUUUAAGGUACAAGAUGCAUAAAUCAACAACAAAAAAGUAGCUACAUUUUGAAGAAGAAGUUAUUUGAUUUUUUAAAAUAAGAAAUGCUCUAUAAAACUGUUGCUGUCUAUUUUCAGGAAUCUUUUCUAAGGCCUGCAACUAAAAUGUGUCGGAAACUCUCUAAUCCAGCAGCCUUUGGAAUCUUCACUCUGGAAAGCAUGAAUAAAUCUUAUAGCUUCUUAUAUUUCCCUUGAAUUGGUCUACUGGGUAAAUUUUCCCUUCUGUUUUCAAAGAUUUCCCCACCAAAGGCUUCCCUUAUUCUUUCUUUCCCUUUCUGUCUUUUCUUCAAAAUUAGGAUAAAACAACAAGGAUUCUUCUUUCUCCCCACAAAGCAAACUUAGAGGAUACAUUUUAAUAUAGACACAUAGAAACUACAGAACUUAAAGUAAAUAUAAUCAAUUAAAAGAGGUAGCUACUAAAUGUACCCACAUCUGGGCCGCAACAGUAACUGAUUCCCCCUCCUGAUGAAACAGAAUCAAUCCUGAUUAUUUCUUGUAUUAUUUUCACAUCAUAAAAUACAAAGCUACUCACCCUAAGUGUGCUGCUUAUUCCAAGCACUAAGCUAUGACUACAUUGUCCUUUCUUCCAAUUUAUCUAUCUUUUCACUCCCUCUCCCUUUAUAUCUUCCUCACCUUUGUUUCCUUCUCUACUGCCUGUGCCUUAGAGGAGCUCAGAAACAUAGCUUGAUCAUAGUAAUCCUCAGAACUGAAGAAAGGCGUUUUUAAUCACUCUUCUAGAAACAUGAAUAUAAGUAAGAUGUGGAUAGUGAUUGUGAAAUAUAUUAGUUGUGAAUACAUUGCCUAAUGAAAAGCUGGUACUCAAAAAGCCCGUAAGGCCUCUGACAUACAAUUAUGAAGAUGAACCAUGAUUUGGCAAGAGUUUCCAUUUUCUGAAAAGCCAUAUACAAUAGCCUACUCUCUGUCUUGUCUCAAAUUCCUAAGUCAAGAUCACACAUAUAAUUAUAUAUUUAAAGAAAAUACUAUACAUUUGACUGUAUUUGUGAUAGGACUAUAUAAAACAUUGAAACUUCUAGUGCCUUCCUUCCAACCCAAAUGCUAAAAUUACAAUAGUUGAUCUUCCCCCUUCUUCCUUUAAAACACAAUCAUGGCACUACAGAAGGUACCCCUUUGUCCACAUUCCUUCCUCAUCCUCCAAUCAGGGUUUAAUCCACGUUAAAAUUAAGUUAGAGUAAAAAAAAAAAACCAAUUUCCCACUUGAACAACAAGACAAAGUCCUUGGCUAUCAACUAAUUUAAUACUGUUAAGAAAAUUUAGGGAACGGGGAUGACCUUUCUUGUUGAAGUUGCAUGCCUUAUGACAGUGAUUCUCCAAAUCUCAUCCUUCCACAAGAUCCACCAGGUAAAAAUAAUUUUAUAAAAAUACUAAGACAUUUUAGUUUUUAAUAAGGUAAAUAUCAAUAUAAAUAUAUAUAUAACCUAUAUAAGCAAAAGCAUGGGGGGUAGUCCUUAAUGAUUUUUAAGAAUGUAAAAGGGUCCCAAGACCAAAAAGUUUAAGAAUUGCUGCCUUAGAGAAUAUUUAACUGCUCAUCAUGCAAAGAUGUGAUUAUGACUGCCUUACUGGUCUUAAAGAAACCAAGGUAAUGAAGAGGAGAGAGAGAGAGGUCUUCUUUAUGCCCCACUCUCAUGAAAAUUUGCAGGGGGCCUUCUAUCCUGAGUUUGUGGGAAUUUAUCUUGCAACCCACAGAAUAGUGAUCCAAGUUCCUUGCUUUACUCUCAAAGGGAAAAAUUCUAAUAAACAGAAGGGAUGCCAGAUACCCUAUUGUCAGAUGCAAAGCAAAUAAAACCAACAACGUUCCCUUUCCAUUUGCAUGAAAUCUAUCUCCAGUCCCACACAUGCACAGGUAAGAGGCCCUAGGCUGAAACUUCCCCCCUCACCACCCCACCACCCCCCACCUGCCUUUGAAGUUCACCAGUCUUGCCUAGGUGCUGGUUGACAUAUUGUUCUAAUUUCCUCUCCACCACAAUUGUUAUAAAUUUAUGGUGCCUAAUCUGUAUACUAAAUCAAAAAGAUUAAAGUGUAAAGAAGUGUGUUUUCUCUUGAUUUAUGCCCUCUCCACAUUCAAAAACUCAUUGUACAUCCUUAAUUCUGACCCAGGGAUAUGAUGCCCGGGUCUCACAUCUCAUGCUCUUUGCUCAUGUGUACAUAAUGUAUAUAAAGCACUAAGCUAUUUUUUAAGUUACAUUUCCAUUUUGGAUGCAUUUUCAAAUCAACUCUUUUGCAAAGAGAUCUUGGCAAUGGUCUUGUUUUUGGUUUCUAUCUUUCCUGCUCUGUGUGCUCUCCUGUCACGUGGGUCCCAGUCACCACUAUUGUACAUAUGUGUUUGCAUGUGCAUCCCCCCAACAAAUCCUCACUUGCAGGUUUCUGGAUUUUUUCAUCCUGAGUCCAACUGGUCCAAUUGUGAACUCAUCCCUCUGGAAUGCACCUCUGUGUCAGAUUGCUGACUGCCAAAAUGUUUGACCAAGUGUGUUUUUACCGAAAGCCUUGAAGGAAGUUGGCUGUAUCUUGGUGGAAGGGCAUGCUCUGUGUAGAAUGAUUGUACAUAUGGUAUAAAUCUAUCAGCUGUGGAAGUUAUGUAAAUUUAUCUGCCAGAUACCUGACAUUCAUGUAACAAACACAAAGAUAUUUAAGUACAUCAGAUUAAUAAAUGGGCAUUUUUUGCUCCAUUAUAUUCAAAUAAAGAAUUUUUCUUCAUCAAGAA